AUGUCAGCUGAUGCCGAGAGUCUUCUGCUGCCUGGGGCCGUGGGAUACCGCGCACCCACUCCUGACACGCCUCGAGGACGUAACGACAACAACAACAACACCACCAGGACACUGAUGGACCUGGAGGAGGGAGAAGAAUUAGGGGGUGACGAUGACAUGAGCUCCACGCAGCCUGGCACGCCUCCCCCGCUAGGAGGGGUCGGAGGACAGGACGAAACCGCAGGUGACUUCAUUGAUCCAAGUGUUCCUACCUUCGACCUGUCGCGCAGUGAUGACGACGAGGUUCAAGAGUCGCAGGAGGUCGUAGUGUCCGUCUCGCGCCAUAUCAACAGGGACUCGCAAGACCGUGCCCACGCUGAACUGAUCGGAUUGCGUGCGGACCUGCACCAGCAGGAAGUCCGCACGGAGGCAGUCGAAGUCCAGGACCUUCAACAGCAGGACCGUGAGCGGAGCCCCAGAGAGGACCGAGACCCUAUGGAGGACUUGGAGCUUGUGAUCGGCGGUUGGAACGAGGCCCGCCGGACGGACGUUGAGCAUCAGGUCAAGCAGAUCUUUCAGCGACUGCAAAUGGAAGACAGGCUCCAUGAGGUCAUAGUUCCGUAUGUUCGAGUGAAUGUCUGCCGUGUUGCUCUGAAGUUUCCUCCUUCUGCCCAGAACAUCCGAGCUCAGCGUGCUUUCCAAACUCACACCCUCGACAAACUCAAGGGAACGAAGUUCAUGUCUGGCAUCACAGGAAGUAAGAACAACGUGAUGUGGAUGACCAAAAACAGAACCCCAGAAGAUCGCAACAAAAUCCGCAGUCUCGUCCAGACGAAGGAGUUUUACAUUCAUGUCAAGUACGGGGACGGGCGCAAACGUGAGACGCCGGAGAUCGACUGGCGAGGACGUGUGUAUGUUGGUAGGGUUCAAGCUCUGGCGGAAGCCUCGCGCCUACCAGCCGAUGCAGACCCUGAGGACAUUUACUUGAGCGACAAUAGGGGCGAUCACACGGGCCGAGUCGUUGACUCGCCGAACAAGGACCCCAGCGCACACCGUUUCACGUUGCAACGUGGAAUGUUCGAGGAAAGAAGCCAUCACUGUCAAGCUGUGGGCUUUCCCACAUACCUCACCCCGCAUGUGGCACACAUUUCAAUACAGACCUGUGGCAUGUGCGUGCAAUUUCGAAUUAAUGGUGUCUCCACCUUUGCUUUGUCAACGCACCUGCCGUACCUGAACAGGCAAGACUCUCAGGACAUCUGGCAGGACCAAAUUCACAGCAUGUGCCGGCUCCUUGGGAACUCCCGGUACCACGACAACAUUUUUGUCAUGGCUGAUUUGAACUACGAGUUGUUCCGCACCACGGCAGAGUCAUCAGAUGAACGUAGCGCACUGCUAAAUUUGUUGGAGCGCGACCUUGGUCUGACGCACACGCUGCCCACGACACACACAUGGAGCAACACAAGAGGGUCAGCCUCGCGCAUAGACUACAUUUUGUACCGUGUUCCUCACCAGGAAACUUGGGACAUGCAAGUCGUUGACGAGUCUGACCGUAUCCUCGACUCGGAUCAUCGCUUGGUUACCUUGUGCGUAGGGGUGUGGAGAGGACGUCGGAAGCGACAGCGCCGGACCACGGUGGAGGCAAUCAUGCGUCUGGUCGCAGAGCGACAGUGGAGCUGUGCGCUCCUCACUGAUUUACGUUUUCCAGAAGAUGGGUUUCGUGAGGUUAUGGUGGGUGGUGCCUCCUGGCUCCUUAUCCACGAGGGUUGGAAGCCAGGCUUUCUCUUGGUCCCGGUAUACGCCCCGCUGGUAUCGAAAACGCAGUUGGAGGAAAGGGAGGCUUUUAGGGAACAGUUGAGUUUGAUCCUUGACCACUCGUCCAGUCGGCGUCGGCUCGUGGUUGGUGGGGAUUUCAACGGUGAAGUGGGGCCUACCAAAGACUCGUCUUGGCGUCACGUUUUGGGACCGUAUGGGGACGAUAGGCGCACGCGUGGCGGGGAGGAGUUGCUGCAGUUUUGUGAACAGGAACACCUUGUGGUAGCAGGCUCCUUCACACCCCAACGCCAUAAAGCUACUUGGUACCACAAUCGGUUUGGCACCGCCCACACACUUGAUCACUUUCUGGUCCGUGGUGUUGACAAGAAAUGGAUCAAGUCGGUCUUUAAUGUGCAUUUUGCUGCCAACCAGCGUUGUAGCAAGACAUCGAGGCAAGGUCGUCCGCGCAAGUUCUCGUCCGCCCCCUGGCUUGAGCAUACGGACCAUGAUCCGGUGGAGCUUAUUAUUCGGGUUGGGAAAGAUUGGGCUGGGGAAGCACAGCGUAGGAGAGAGCGGGCCCCUCGUCCGGAUGUUUUGCGUUUCCUGGGCUGUUCGGAGGAAGCUGCGGCUCUGCGGCGUGAGUAUGCCAAUGUUGUUUCCGAGGAGUUGGAAAGGGUUUCAGGCCAGUUUUUGGAUUGGGACUUGGUGGCCGAGGUCAUGAGGAAGUCUGCGUUCCAGGUCGUUGGUCCCACCCCCCCACGGCACAGAAAACCUUGGUUGCAGGGUAAAGAAUCGGAGCUGCUCGAGCUGGAAACUGCUGUCCAUGUCGCUGAGGAAAACCUUCGGGAGGCUCGUCGACAGGGAUCUUCACAGGUAGAUUCUCUUCUGGACAUUCGUCGUCGUUUCAGUGCUGACCUCCGUAGCGCCAAGCGCCGGUGGGAAGCCUGUUGGUGGAGCGAUCUGGCGGUUAGGGCCAAUCGUGCGGGGGAGGAGGGGGAUGACUAUGCCUUUUGGCAGGUGUGUCGUCAGUUGGGCUUCAGGGAGUCAUGUCGUGCAUAUGGCGGUUCGUUGCGCACUUGCGGUGAUGCUGUCAGGGAAAGGGAGGCCUGGAAGGAUUUUCUGCACAACAUCCAGUCAGGUGAGGGCGAAGUUUCUGAAGAGGUCUGGGAUUUCAUUCCACCCGCCACGGCAGAAAUUUCCGUUUUAGGGGAGGAGCCUACUAGGCAAGAGUUUCGUGACGCGCUGCGCAAAAUGAAGGUGGGCAAACGCGGUGGGGCAGAUGACAUCACGGUGGAGAUGAUUAAGUUUGCGAACUCUGAUCUUCAAGACACGGUUUUUCUGGUGGUCCUUGAUAUGUGGAAUGAUGCUAGGCUCUCGGAUAACGGACACGAGGCUGACAAGUGGUGUCAGUCCUCCAAGGACGGCGUGUGCAUCCCAAUGUACAAAAACAAAGGGUCCAAAGAUGACAAAAACAAUUAUAGGAAUCUGGUCAUGCUCUCAGUUUCAGCCAAAAUUGUGGCCCGCAUUGCUGCCAGCCGUCUGAGCAAGUGGCUGGAAACAUGGAUGCCGGAAGAACAAAAUGGUUUUCGCCCCGGUCGGGGCAUUGAUGAUGUGCAACAGUUUGUUCGUCGGCUGCUUGAGGAGGUCUCGGUCUCUGCCAAGUCUGCGUGUGUGGGAAUGACAUGUUUUGAUAUUGUCCGUGCUUAUACGCGUGUCUGUCGAGUAGCUCUCUGGCAUCUGCUUUCCCGUCUCGGCAUUCCGGACUCUUUUUUGAAAGUGCUUAAAGCAUUGCACAACCACACUUCCUUCAGGGCGUUUGUGCAUAAUGGUUACUCUACCGCCUGGCUCACGGAGCGAGGUCUGCGUGAGGGAUGUCCUUCAUCUCCUGUGUUGUUUUCCAUUUUUCAUCAUGCUAUCAUGCUAACCUUUAGAGGUCGUCGGGCUCGUGCCGCGGAGUCGUCUGGAGGGACACCUGGCAUUACCUGGUCAUACAAGGUUGAUGGGAAACUGGUCAGAUCAGGCCAUGCACGUCAUUCCUCUCGGGGUGUCAAGUCCAGUGUCGUUGGGGACGUGGAAUUUGCCGAUGAUACUGCCUUGUUGGGAUGGGUGGAGGAGCUCCGAGUGGCGGAACAGUUGUUUGUGCAAACAUUGCGUGAUUGGGAGCAGGAGGAACAUCGGGGUAAACGGGAGAAGCUCAUGCUGGUUCCUGGUGGGAGAUUAAUUUGGGAAGUUUUGAAUGAGUUUGAAGCUAAGACCCUCAAACACUUGGGCGCCACUCACUGUGACAAUGCUGACCAGUGGGCAGAAACCAAAAAACGUGUACAGGCUGGUUUCUAUGCUGUUAAGCGGGUGGCUAAGUAUUGGUCUCUGGGUACAAGUCACGGCAGGGGAGCUGGCAUGGGUCUUCAUACUACCAAAAGGCUACGUGUUAUGCGUGCGGUCGUUGAGGGUACGUUGCUGGCUUGCGGCAAAUCUAGGGUGUGGAGUUUGGCACAGGAGCGGAAAGCUAAUCAAGUCAUGGCUCGGGGCAUCCGUCGUUGUUUGGGUGUGGACAGGUAUAACAUGCGUGAGUAUGGUUACUCGGACGAGGCAUUGCGACAGAUGGUGCAGUGGAAUUCCUUCACUACACUAAUGCACAGAAGUAUUCUACUUUGGUUGGGGCAUGUCGCCAGGAUGAAUUGUGAUCGUCUUCCCAAGAUGGCGGUUUUCGGGUGGAUGGAGGGAUUGGAAGAGCAUCGCUCGGCUCGCUACACCUUCCCAAGUUGGGUACAAUGGCUGCUGUCCAAAUACAACAUCUCGGUUAUGGCCCCUUCAGCAGACCCACCUUCUGAAUUUACCAGUUGGCGUUUGUUCACGGAUGGAGCAGGUCCCAGUCCGGGAGCUCCUUUUGCAGGUUGGGGAGUGGCCAUUUGGGAGGCUUCUGCUUCGCUCGAACCCAGUUUUGAACUUUUCGGCCCGGUCUGUCUUUCCCCCCACGACAAGCGUUUUAUGGGUGCGAUAGUGGCAACGAACAAUGUUGGAGAACUUAGUGCCAUGGUAGAGGCGCUCCUGUGGUUGGAAUCCGAGGCCCCGGGCCCCAGUGAUUUGCCCGCUACCAUCUUCUACGAUUCCUCCUAUGCCUUCAAUGCCAUCACUGGAACUGGUGAGCCAGUUGAAAACUCUGACUUAGUUAGGUACGCUCGAACCGUUUUUGCAAGAGUGGCGGCUGUGAGACUAGUGCAGUUUUCCUAUGUUAAAGGUCAUUCGGGAAAUGUUGGCAACGACAAGGCGGACGAACUUGCCGGUCUGGGUGUCACGAGGCACAUUGUAAGGUGGAGGCUGCGGCUCCUGCCAACAUUCCGUGUCGACAUCUUUGUGGUAAAGUUUUUGUGUGGAAGCACGCUGUUCUCCAGCCCGGUAAACACACCCAUCAUGCGCGAGAAAUAA